ACGCCCCCGUCCCCACUCCCCAUCGCAACGGAUGAGCAAAGAUUUUGUUUUUAGUGCGUAAAUUCGUAUUUUUUUGCAAUUUUGCAAGCGUAAUUUGCGGAUUUUGUGGAGCCACUCAAAUCGGCCGGAAGAACGAAAACUUGAUCUUGCGAUGGUACGGCAAAUGGCCAAAAGAGUGGACGACUACGAGGACGAGGAACCAAGGCAGCAGCCCAUCACCAGCCUGAAAAUUCUCGUCAUUGGCGAGAGCAAUGUGGGAAAAUCUAGCCUAAUGAAUCGUUUCAUUGAUGACGUUUUUGACCCGAAUGUUGCCAACACAAUCGGUGUGGACUACAGGAACAGGAUCAUCACUGUUGACGGACAAUGUGUCCAACUAGGAAUUUGGGACACUGCGGGUCAAGAAAGGUUUCGGACGCUGACCCCCACCUAUUACCGCAACGCCCAAGGCGCAAUUAUUGUUUACGAUGUUACCAGGAGACAAACUUUCGAAAGGGUGGAGCAGUGGCUGCAGGAAUUGGACGCCUACGUAAACAGAACGGAUGUUGUCAAAAUGAUUGUGGGCAACAAGAUUGACCUUAAAAAUCGAGAAGUUUCUCGAGAAGAAGGCCAGCAGCUGGCUCGUAGGCACUCGACCCUGUUCAUCGAAGCCAGCGCCCUUGAAAACGCCAACGUCCAAGUCUGUUUUGAGGAUUUAGUCUAUCACAUCUUACAAACCCCUGGUUUGUGGGAGGCCAGAGAGCAGCCUGGCCGCAUUCAGCUCGGAGAGGAGAGCCCCUCCUUAUGUUCACAAGCGUGGAACUGUAUCAGCCCCAACUGCAGCCUUUUGUAAGACUUGAUGAAUUUUGCAAGGGUCUUCUGUGAUUCAAGUGCUGAAGGGCGAACAUUACUUUUAUAAGGGGGUCGGGGGGAUUGAGAAAUAGAAAGCAUUGAGCGCACUAAUAUUAUGUAAUUGUCAGGAAACAAAAUGCUACCAUAGAUUUUAAAAGCAGUAAUAAUUUCAAGAUGGCCAUUUUGGGCCUUAUUUAAUUCUCUCAUAUCUGUUUUGUUGCUUGUUUGUUUCUUUGUGUAAUUUUACCUAUGUGGUGCCUAAAGAUAAUUAAGGGGAUUCUUUGAAUAAUUUCAUAACUUUAUCUGCUGUCUCAUAAUGUAAAAGUUCCUGAUAAUUAAAUCAAAUUUCUUAUAAAAAAAACUAAAUUGUUCACCCGUUCUUUAUUUUGA